AGGCAGAGCUGACAGGGAACAACACUCACUGAGGACUUCUACAGAACAGAGCAGUGUCUCAUCCAGAAUGGAACUGUCUUACAUGAUCUUGCUACACUUCAGCUAUCUGACCUUCCUUGGUUCUGUUAUGGGGAAGACAGACGUGACUUCAGGAGACAGAAAAAAAUUGUGGAACUUUAUUGGGAUGAAUCGUGUUCGGAGAGAUCUCCAGGCAAACCUGCCGCUACCUAUCCCAAACAAUGAUGCAACCUCACAAGUUUCUUUCAUCAAACCAGAAGACACAAAGGAUUCAUUAAUGCCUGAGAUCAGCAAUGGUGCCCACAUCCGUGUGAAGAGAUACAGACACAGUUUCAGCAAUUAUCCCCAAAUCUCCUCCAGGGGCUGUAAGUUUGGCACUUGCAUCGUCCAUAACCUGGCAAACCAAAUCUACCAGUACACAGACAAAGACAAGGACAGCACAGCUCCAGCCAGGAAAAUCAGCUCCCAGGGCUACGGCAGGAGGAGAAGGUCUGUUCCUGACCGAAAGCUUCUUCUCCCUGUGGUGGAUGGUAGAAUAAAACCUUGGUGGGUCAGCACCGGCAAUAGCGGAAGCAGUCCUGGUGCCCAUCAACAACUGCUGGACAGUAGCAGAGCAGACACACUCCUCCAGAGCAGGUUGUCCAAGACUAGGGACAAAUUGUGGCAGACCUUGCUCAGGACUUAAAGCAGACACCCAGCUAGUGGAGAUAUCUGCAGAACCUCCUGCCUAGGAGGACACAUGGAAUGUCUCAGUUCCAGUCCAGGGAUGAGGAUACUGGAGAGAGGACACCAGGAGCCCGACGUACCUUUAGAGUAUUAGAAGUUGAAUAAUGAUGAGCAGAAAGUGGUCUUCAGAUUUAUGGAUUUUCCAUCAUUCCAUAUCUUUAAGUCUGGGACAUUUCUGGGCCAAUGUGGUAUGUGUCAUUUUGCACUUGUGUUACCAAGCACUGAAAGACUAUACAAAAUGAUGGGUUAAUGUGAGUGAUGGAACUUGUGGUGCUUCCUCGUGGACCAGGUGCCUUCAUUGUAGCAUCACAGUUGUGCGGCGCUUGGGUCCAGAGCUGAAGGAUGGAUGUAUGGAGGUACCGCAGUACAUAGGUUACUUUGGACAUUUACCCGGAGCCUGGUUCUAGGCUUCAGAUGCCGAAUCAACUGACCUCAGCAUGGGACAAACUAGUCUCAACGUCUCUGACUUCUGACUGCCAGGUGAAGCAGAUGAUGUUAGUGGCCUCUUUGGCAGCAAGGGGUUAAUUCCCUGAAACCCCACAACCCCCUUACCCUGUCCGCUCACUGCCAAUGGACUUGUUACAAAGAGACUUUAAUCCAGAAUAUUCUUAAUGGACAAUCCAAAAGAACUAUCGUUGGUUCCAUGUGAGCCGUACCUAAUACUUGAACUUCAAACCUUAAGUGCAAUCCAUAUUUUUUAUUAUUAUUAUUUGUGUAUGUGAUAUAUAGCUAUAUUUAAUUGCUACUGUUUAUGUUUGUACUGUCCAAAGCAGAAGUUAUUUUUUUACCUGAAUUAUUAUUAUAAGGGCAUUAUAUAUCUUAUUUUAAGAUUUGUUUGUCAAAUUUGAUUUCUGUAUUUCCAUUUUUCAUUCCACGGAGCAUUAGAAAUAUGUAACAUGUUAUUAUAUAGUCAGAUGGGUUACAUUGUACUACAAUAAAACAAACAAUUCACCUGAA